CUUGAAAUAAUUCGUAACUGAUUUCGGGUACAGGAGGCCUCAGUUGGCCAGGGGAAUGAGUACUCCUGUAUGUAUUACAGCAACAAGAUUCAUGUAUUCUUAACUGUGAAGCUGAUGAUCUGCCUUUCCUUCUGGUAGGAGAUCCCCAGUUAUUUAAACGCAGGAUUGUAUGCAGAAGCUAAAGAUACAGAAAGCCUUUAAUGCAGCAGCAAGUGAGAGAUUGGUUAUCUGUUACCCUGCCUGCUGCUCCUCCACCAGCAGUGUUCAACUCGCAUGGAAAAGGGGAAUUCAGUUUUCCCCAGCUCACUGCCUUCCAACCAAAUGCUUUUAUUUUGCUUUAGCUUUUGCUUUGAUGAAGCUGUUCUCAUUUUGGUUCCAUGUAUCUGGAAAAUAGUAUGCUGUUUCUAAGCAUCGGAGUGACGAUGAUGCCAUUAGUGUGGGCUGGUGAACCUCUGCGGGACGUUGCUUGUUAACGGACUGGGAAAGCCUUGGUGGACCCAGUCUUUAGUUCAGCUGGGCUGAAGCGAGGAGUCCUCGGUUGUGACCUGAGAGGCUUCUAAUCCACCUUGCAGCCCUAAGAAGAGGUUCUGUUUGCUUAUUACCAUGGUAGAGCUAAUCAGAGGAGAAUGCACUUUUUUUAAGAACAAAACAAAAAACCUGAAAAAGCUGGGAUGUAGCAGGACAAUAUAAGGUCUUGAAAAGUAGUUCAGAAGUUGAACUUAGCAACGAUGACUGUCCAAGUCAAAAAUUCAUUCUUGAGGUCCCUCAUUCUCUUCUUACCUACUGAUCUUUGGUUCAGAAGGUACACUGCUGGCAGGGAUAUUCAAAGAUAAGGAUUUCGUGCUCCUGUUACGUCAGUAGGAGCACGAAAUUGUAUGCAAAAGGCUGAUACCCUCUGUCUGCUCUAGCUGUUGAUAGGAUGAAUACCUGGUCUUGGAUUUUGAGCCAGUCCCCUCCCUUCCCACCUGAAGCAACUGCAUUCAAGAUGAAAAUACUGACAUUUUCCCCUCCAAGUAAACGCUUGUCUUGUUUGAACUUAAGUCAUUCUAAACUUGUGCUACUGUGUGCUGUGUGCUAUGGUCGUAGGUACCUUCUCGAUGUAUGCUCGUAUGUACUGAAGAAAAACUUGGUUUAUGUAUCUAGCAGUCCUCAGUGUGGAAGCGAAGCAAAGACUGAACUGUUUUUAAGUGAGAACAAAUGCUUUUCUUCUCAGGCCUAAUGCCUUCCCUCUUGUCUCACUCUCUGUUUCUCCAUAUAUCUUUAUUGCUUAUGUUAGUGGAGAAGACUUGCCACCACCAGGCAAUACCGAAUUAAAGGGAUACAUUCUGUACGUAAUACAUUGAGGGGAGAACGUGACCUGGACUGAACAUAUCCUUACUGGACGACGAUUGCCCAGUUUCCUACUUCUGCAUGUGCUAUGUUCAGACGAAUCCUGCUCCCACCAUAGGCACCUCUGUGCUCCUGUUCAAGCUGGCUUUAGAACCUCCAGCCAAAGUUACUGCUGUGGCCUUUUGGUUUUUCCCCUUUGACUUAUCAAAAUAAUGAUAAGAGGGGAAUACAGGGUUAUGAGUCUUUAAUGCUCUGUGUUCUACUUACUCUUGGGAUGCGAUGUAUCGUUUUGCUUCAUGCACAGGCUAAAUGGAGCGCUAACUUCUGUGAGCUGUGCAGACUGGACUUGCUCCCUGGAGUGCUUGCUUGAGAAGUUUCAGGACGGUUUGUUUGAGUAGUUCAUCAGAAUAACAUCCGUCAAGUCAUGACUUACUAAACCCCUCAAGACUAUUCCCCGGGGAGAUGUGCAGAGAUGUCUUUUAAGGAUCAUGGGAAAUAGCAGGGGGGGACAGGAAAUUAGGCUUCAAAUAAUCAUCUUUAAAAGCUACAACUUAGUAGCUCUGGUCAGGCUUCUCCUGUAAGGAUGGGAUGAAAGUGCCGCUCCAAGAUUCAUCCCUGGCAUGCUGUUGUGAAGCACCUCCCCUGCCCCGCUGCCUUCCCUGUGCUGUAACUCCAUGCUGUGCUUCAAGUCUGCUUCUUCCUGAAAACUCAAAAGCUUGGAAUCUGUCUCCACAACUUUUUUGUCUUGAGGCUUCCUUUGUAAAAGCUUUAUCUAUGUUUGAUUCUUCAGUAGCUGUUCUGAGUACGGCUCACCAAUGAUAGCAGUGGCACAGCCCUCGUGUAGUCCUGCCCGGUCCCUGUUAGGUGGCUGCUCAGUGUUGGUGGCUGGUUGUGGUGGCUGCUGAGGCUCCUGGGACUGAGGGAGCUCUGUGGGCAGUAACAGCAAGAGUAAUCUUACAAACAAGGGGAAAAACACCUCAUGUGCAGAGCUGAAGGCUGCUCUGUGCUACUAGCUGCUGUCAGCCUCUGUGUGAGGGGUACUGGCACAGAGGUGAGGACCUCCAGAGCAGAGGUUACAUGUUCCUGAGGUGGCUCUCUUACGUUUUUAGUAUGUUUGACUUUUAGAGCAAUACUGUUUUUGUGACCAAAUGUAUUGCAAGUGCUUUGAAGAUCCGGAUGUCCACAAAUGGAGCAGGGGAGGAGCACAUCAGACAUAUGUAUCUGCUUUAUAUUUAGGAGUGAAAGUAAGCUGCUUUUUUUUUUUUUCUUCCUCCAAACCAUUACUCUGCCAAGACAGAGGAGAUUUAGUUCAAGAUUUCUGAAUUUGACAGAUCUUUUAGGGGAUUAAGGAGUGUCUCUCAAUUCCUAUUCACUUACUGAUGUGCCAGCUGCCCAGAUGCACCAGUAGAUGUUCUGCUCUUAAAGAUCCUCAUUUCGUUCACGUUGAGAGCAAACUUCAGUGGAGCUUCCUGGCCCCGAGGAGCCCCUGGAGCAGCGCAGAUCUCACCAGCUCUAGUAACAGCUGCUGUUCCUUCAGGAAUAAAAGCCUAUUGUACUGUUAGGCUAUGAAGGCUUUAAUGGAACUAGAAAUGCAAUAAAACUGAGUGGAUGAGGCACAAAAUUAAAUCUCGGCGUCUGGAAGCUUUAAACAGAGCAUCGGUAUAUUAACCACAUUGGAGGUAGUGGCUUUUCAAAGUACCUGGUUAUUGCAGUGUGAUAGAGCAGUAAAAUGUUUGCAAAAUUGAAGAAGAAGAUAGCAGAAGAGGCAGCUAUUGCUCCCAGACCCGGAGGAGCUGCCAGGAUACCCAGGUCUGUCAGUAAGGAGUCGAUUACGUCCGCGGGAGCAGACUCCGGAGAUGACUUUGCUUCUGAUGGAAGCAGCUCUAGAGAGGAUCUUUCAUCCCAGUUGUUCAGAAGAAAUGAACAAAUAAGAAAACUGGAGGUCAAGCUGUCUGACUAUGCUGAUCAGAUCCGAAACUUGCAGAAGAUAAAAGAGAAGCUUGAAAAUGCAUUAGAAAAGCAUCAGGAUUCCUCCAUGAGGAAGUUUCAGGAGCAGAAUGAAGCUCACCAGGCCAGUCGAGCCAAGAUGGCUGAAGGAAUGGCUUUGGCCUUAGAGAAGAAGGACCAGGAGUGGAUGGAAAAACUGGGUCAAAUUGAAAAGGAAAAAAAGAUGCUUGAAACACAGUUACAAGAAAUGAGGGAACAGAGUUUGAACCUAUUUCAAAAAAGAGAUGAAAUUGAUGAACUGGAGGGCUUUCAACAGCAGGAAAUUGCCAAAGUUAAACACAUGCUUUUGAAAAAGGAAGAAUCUCUGAGCAAAACAGCGCAGGAACUAGAGGCAUGCACUCGAGAACUAACCCACACUAGAGAGGUGCUUCAGGAUGCAAGCGACGAGUCAUCAGGCCUCAGGAAAGAUCUUCAAGAGUUGCAGCAGCAGUUCCUGGAGUUAGAGGCACAGAGAGAUGAACUAAUGACAGCUGAGACAAAUGCAGAAAAUAAGAUCACUGCUCUGGAGUUAAGAGAACAGGAGCUACAAACUGUCAUUCAGCAGCUUUCUGUAGACUUGCAAAAUGCUCGAGUUGCUGGUUCUGGUUGUGAGAAGAGACUGGAAAUGAUACAGGCAGAGCAUGAAUCUCUGAAGGUGGAAUAUGAACAACACAAGCAAAAGAUGACUUUUGAAUUUGCUGAGAGAAAUAAACUCACUGAACAGCUGCAGGAAAAAGUGUCUUCCUUGGAAAAAAAGCUAGAAAGAAAUCUUUCAGGGGAUGAACACAUGCAGGAGCUACUCAAGGAGAAAGCUACUCUUGAGCAGAAACUGGAUGAAACCAGGCAGCAGCUAGUAACAGACAGAAUGCAUCACAGUGAGACUGUGAACUAUUUGGAAACUCAGAAUAAAGAACUGGAACAAAAAGUACAGAUUGCAACAGAAGCACUGAAAAAGAGCAAAGAAGCAGCUGCUGAGCAGGAUCUGAAGAUCCGGAAGCUGCAAACUGAUCUGGAGGAUGACAUAAGUAAACUACAGCAACAGAUUUUAAGUGAGAAACAUCAGUAUGAUCAGAAAGUUACUGGGCUGGAGUCUCAAAUCACUGCUCUUGAAACAGCUUGGGAAUUUGAUAAAACAGCUGCUCAGCACAAGAUCAGCCAGUUGGAAAAGGAAAAUGAAAAUCUUCAUGGAAGCAGAGAAGAGUAUGAGAGUUCUUUAAAAAAACAGGAGUCCGAAUUGAACAGGCUAAAGAACGAAUUGAGCAGCAGAGAGACUGUCAGCAUUGAAAUUGCCAAAGCAUUAGAAGAAACACGAAAGCAAAGAGAGGAAUUACAACAGCAGGUUUCACAUCUGAGUUCCUUAAUAAAGGAAAAAGACCAGCUGAUUGAUGAAAAAUGUGAUAUGCUUCUAAAACAGAAGGAAGAACUAGACCAACUCAGUCAAGAGCAUGAAGCUGCCCUGCUGCAAAUGCAUCAGUUACAAUCUGACAUAGAAGCAAGUAAUAGCCGAGCAGCAGAGAAAGAAGAAAUGGCAAGAAAGGAAAUUGGUGAACUGAAGUUGCAGGUACAGGAGUGCUUCUUGGCCAGAAAACAUGAGAAAAAUGUUUCAGAACUAGAGGAAUUGUCGAGAACCUUGAACAACAAACAUUUACCUUCUCCAGAAAACCGUGUGAUGGAACAGAACGGAGAGGUAGCAGCUGCAGGCAUCAUUCAACUUCAGAAGGAUAACAGAGAGCUGGAACAGCAAAUUGCUGAGAAAAAUAAGAUGAUAAAGCAGCUACAGCAAAGAAUGACGGAACUCAAGAAAACCCUCCAGAAAGAGUUGAAAAUAAGGCCUGACAGUGAGGUACCUGAAGUACGUGAAAAAGCAAAUUCUGAAGUGCCUAAUGCUUCUGUGACUGUCACAAACAACUCUGAUUUAAAUGACUCAAGGGAGAUAAACUUUGAAUACCUUAAACAUGUUGUACUAAAAUUCAUGUCCUGCCGAGAAUCUGAGGCAUUCCAUCUAAUUAAAGCUGUAUCUGUGUUACUGAAUUUUUCACAAGAGGAAGAAAACAUGCUUAAAGAAACUUUGGAGUACAAGAUGUCGUGGUUUGGGUCAAAGCCAUCUCCUAAAGGCAGUAUCCGGCCGUCUAUCUCGAGCCCAAGGACACUGUGGCCUUAAGGGAACCUGAAAACGAGCAGUCAGCAUCUAGCCACUUUUUUCUGUGAAAAGAACGCUGAACACACUCAUUCAGGUGUGUCUUAAUCACUGUCAUUGCAGUAUUUUGUACAAGAACUUUUGACACUGUUUACAAAGCUAAUAUUGUGCAAGGAGAAAUUGUCACUACAAACUGAAACACCUCGUCUGGGUUGGAUUUGGGGACCGUGUCUUGAUGGUCUCUUAAUGGAAGUCAGCUCCUUGUGCUCAUCGGUCUUGUUUCCUUGGCACCAAAGGGUCAUGUAACCUCACUAAUACCGGUGCUGGCAGUUCAAGCUUCUAACACGCGCGUCUUAUGAUGGUGAUUCCAGCUUCUGUUACGGAGGGCUAGAGUGGAGUAAUUCCAGGCACAGUAAAGCUUCCUCGUCUCGCUGUGGAAAGCCAGCAAUGAAAAAAACCACAUUGGCAGUUUGAAAAGCCUUUCAAAGAACAGGAGCAGGAGCUUUAACCAAAAAAAGAAAUCUGCCUUGCCUUCUUAUACUGACAUAACUAAUAGUUUGCAUUUUUUCAUAUCACUGUGUAAUUUAAGGUGCGUAUAUCCUGGCCUGCAGUCCUGAAGGCUGCAUGUUGAUGAUGAUUAUUUAAUUUGAGAGCACAACUUUAGAGUUGUCUGAUUUUACUUUUCUUAAAGAAAAAUAUUUAAAAUGGUCUUAAUUAUAGUACCUAAUACUCGGUCGCCUUUAAAACUAAUCUAUUAGUCUGUACCAUAGGUUGUUAGCAUUGGGAAGAAGGGGUAGUAAACCAUUUUAAAUUUUUAAAGCUGAAUUCCAGGUAUUGUAAAUGCACACCGAGAAUACCUUUUAUUUAAAAAAAAGAAAAAAAAUCUAGUGACAAAGGGUGAAGAAUAUUGGUACUAAACACUUUGAUUUUUAUUUUUUUUCUUCCAAGUCUGCUAGCAACAAAUCUUCAUAAUCAGUAUCCGCCUCUUUGGUUAUGGUUUUCUGUACUUCAAAUACUGAUGCUUAAAAACGGUUAUGAACAUGUAGUGGGCUGUUAACUCUGUCCUAACUACAUGGUAAAAGAAAUGCUGCUCAUGAGGUUUUUGGUUUUGAGGGCAAAAUUCAGCUCUUAAUGAACAAAUCUUGGUUCCAGCAGCUUGCUUUCCUUCCCCUUAAGAAAAUGGGACCAAGGUGGCACCUGCCUCACACAGUAGAAACACGAUUUUGCCUGCAGUUAUUAACACCACUGUGAAAUCCAGAUGAAAAUGGGAAGCAGCAGUAAGUCUGGCUUGUUGAAAAUGGGACAUAUUUUCAAAAAACUAUGUAUGUAUGGAAUUCGAUGAGCAGGCUGCAAUUCCGGUAAUUCUUACAAUGAGGUUUGUGUUACUAACAAUAUUUUUAUUAAAUAUAUUCAAGAAAAUUCAGCCUGUCCUCUAGUGGAGACAGUCACUGUUCAGGUUUUUAACUUUGCUGUGUAACGGGUCUGAACAACCUUGGCAGUGGCAGUCAAGGUGUGGUAUGUAAGUUACAGCACGUGAGCUCCUCCCUGUUUCCGUGCACGCUUGUGCAGUGGUAAAGAUGACAGUAUCCUGCCAUGUCAGGUCAGUUAUCAGAGUGGGAAAUGUGCUGCAAACCUCCCCAGUUUUGUUCAUUGGCUGUAUCCCAGGUACAGGUGACACUCCUCAGGUUAGAGCUAGGUCGUAUUUAUUUAAAGUUAAGAAAACCAGCCAAGACUUUUUUAGUACACUAAGGCUUGUCCAAAUGCAGUCUUUAGUAACCCAAUCCAUGGCACUUACUUAACAAUAGCUUAGGACAGUUUAUGGGAAGAGCACACGUAAAUGGACAAUCAAAAAGUGGAUUUGUAUCAGUUGCUCCUGUACUGAAACAAAGCAGGGGCAGGAUAACCCUGUUGGUUCUGGGAAGAUUUUGUUCUCUAAGGUCUUUUUCUUUAGAAUGUCCCUUUGCCCUGGCCCAUUUCUGUGGGACCUGAGCAGGGAACAGGAUUCCCUCUGCUCACACUGAUGCCUGCUGAAUGACUAAUCGGUUUACGUUGAUCCUGGCUUGAAAGGUUACUGCUAAACAGGAAGAAAAGCAGUACAGGCAGCCUAGAAUAAUGUGACAACAUAAAAUAUUAGGUUAUUUAUGCACUAACAACUUCAGUUUACGAUCCCAAAGCUCAUUCAGGAUCAACUUACAACAAGAACUAAUUCUUAAGUGUUGAAUUUUCUCUAGAUAUUGGAGCAAGAAUGGUGUGUAUACAUGUAUUAAAAAGCUAAUGCACUUUCCCUUGUAUAAAACAGUGGUAUACAUAAUCCUUUCUAUGGCCAUUGGAUUUCCUUCCUUCUAUGCUGUAAAUAUGGAUUGUAUUAUGAAACACUAUGGAAUUUGUGGUGCAAUACAUUUUGGAUCAAAACCCUAA